CUCCCAAAUUCUUGGAUCCGGAGGCUGCGCAGUCUCACUGUCUCAGCUCAAGCCCCAGCAUCAGAAAAGUGCGUGUGCAAGCAGAACCUAUUCCACAGACCACGAAAGCAGGAUGUGUCGCUGAGGAAAAGAAAGAACGUUUGCAGUGCAGUCAGAGAAACUUGGAGCUCGGAGAACACGUCUUCAAGGCCUGUUCCUCACCUUAUUUUUAACACACGGACAUCUCGGAACCGGACCAAAAUGAUGUGCUUUAAGUUUUUCAGCUGUAGGCAUGUUGUCCUCAAAGUUUUCCUCGUACAGUUUCUUGCUUCCUUGCAAACUUUUGCUGCGCCCUCACCCAUCAUAAAGUUUCCAGGCGAUGAUACUUCUUUCACAGACAAAGAAGUGGCUCUGCACUACUUAAAUAAGUUCUAUGGCUGCCCAAAAGACAGGUGUAAUCUGAUGGUGUUGAAGGACACACUGAAGAAGAUGCAGAAGUUUUUUGCCUUACCUGAGACUGGAGAGAUUGACCAGAAGACGGUAGAGAUCAUGAAGAGACCACGAUGUGGAGUUCCUGAUGUGGCCAAUUACAAUUUCUUUCACAGGAAGCCCAAAUGGGGACAGAAAAACGUUACCUACAGGAUCUUAGGGCACACCCCAGAUCUGGAUGAAGAAACAGUUGAUGAUGCUUUCUUUCGUGCAUUUAAAGUCUGGAGUGAUGUCACACCUCUGAAAUUCAACAGGAUCAUGGAUGGAGAAGCUGACAUCAUGAUUAACUUCGGCCGAAAUGAACAUGGUGAUGGUUACCCAUUUGAUGGGAAGGAUGGUCUUCUGGCUCAUGCAUUUGCUCCUGGACCUGGUAUUGGAGGAGACUCUCACUUUGAUGAUGAUGAGCUGUGGACAUUGGGAGAGGGACAAGUGGUAAAGGUGAAGUAUGGCAAUGCAGAAGGGGAGUUUUGUAAGUUUCCAUUCUUGUUCAUGGGUAAAGAAUACACCAGCUGCACCUCUCAGGGUCGAGAUGAUGGGUUCCUAUGGUGCUCUACCACAUACAACUUUGAUGAAGAUGGAAAGUAUGGCUUCUGUCCUCAUGAGCUCCUGUUCACAUUGAGUGGAAAUGCAGAUGGAGCUCCUUGUAAGUUCCCCUUCACAUUUCAGGGGGAAAAAUAUGAUAGUUGCACCACCUCAGGCCGGGAUGAUGGGUACCGUUGGUGUGCCACUACCGAAGAUUAUGACCGUGACAAGACUUAUGGAUUCUGUCCUGAGACAGCCAUGUCAACGGUCGGGGGAAAUUCGGAAGGUGCACCCUGCGUCUUCCCCUUUAAAUUUCUGGGCAACUCUUACGACUCUUGCACCACGUCAGGACGCAGUGAUGGGAAGAUGUGGUGUGCUGUCACCAAAAGCUUUGAUGACGACCGCAAGUGGGGCUUCUGUCCUGACCAAGGCUACAGUCUGUUCCUGGUGGCGGCCCAUGAGUUUGGCCAUGCCCUGGGUUUGGAGCACUCUGAGGACCCUGGAGCUCUCAUGGCACCCAUCUACACAUUCACCAAAAUUUUGAGGUUGUCUGAUGAUGAUGUUAAAGGCAUCCAGGAGCUCUAUGGUGUACCUACGGACAAACCAUUGCCCACUGAUCUCCCACCGGUCACGCCGAUGGAUGUAUGCAAUGAAAACAUCAUAUUUGAUGCUGUAGCCCAGAUCAGAGGAGAGAUCUUCUUCUUUAAGGACAGAUUCCUCUUCAGGACUGCUGAUGUCAGGAGGAAGCCAACAGGCCCCAUGCUGGUGGCUACAUUUUGGAGUGAACUUCCGGAGAAGAUUGACGCAGCUUAUGAGAAUCCUCUAGAGGAGAAGACGGUCUUCUUUGCAGGUGAUGAGAUGUGGGUAUAUUCUGCCAGUACUCUGGAGAGAGACUAUCCCAAGAAGAUCUCCAGCAUGGGUCUUCCGUCAGAUUUGCAUGCAAUUGAUGCUGCCUACGCCUUCCACAAGAGCAAAAAGACUUACUUAUUUGCUGGAAGCAAGUUCUGGAGAUACAAUGAAGCCAAGAAAAAGAUGGAUCCAGGCUUCCCUAAAAUUAUUGCAGAUUCUUGGAGUGCUGUCCCUGAUGACCUAGAUGCUUCUCUCAGCCUUAAUAGUGAUGGUCACAGCUACUUCUUCAAAGACUCCCACUAUUUCAAAAUGGAUGACAGCACUCUGAAAAUUGUCAAAGUUGGGGAGAUCAAAAAGGACUGGCUACGUUGCUGAACAUCAGCAGAACAUUCAGCCCUGGCACUCUGUGAUGACCUACAUCACUAGAUAAACAAGGCCAAUGUUACCUUGCCAAAUGACAACAUUCAAAUUUACCAUUCUGCCCCUCCUGGUUAGUCAGAGCCUAUUAGAUUAUAACCUGUCCUUAGCUAACCAGAGAGGCCUUCACUGCCUGGACCAUCUCUGCAUGCCAAACAUAGGCAGAAAAGACCGUAAUUUUUGUUGUUUUGUCAUAACGUGAUACUUUUGUUCAUUUUUUUUAUUAUGAAAGGGUUUAGUGCAGCUCCUACCCCUUAAUAUAGCCUACAUGUAUAUCAUCAGAUUUAAAAGGACUUCUGACAUUUCCCAGUUACAUGUAAAUGUGGCAGUUGUGUCAGCGAGAUGUAUCUCCUUUUUUUUUUUUUUUAAUUUGCCCAGAAUAAAUUCAUCCAGGCAGGAUGUAAAAGCACAAAUUUUUGUAGUAUUGAUAUGCAAAGAUUAAGGACUUAAUUCAUGUUUUAUUUUGUAGUAAAUAAUAUCCAAUAAAAACUUCUGCAUGUAAUAAGAGGACACAUUUUAUACAUGAUAAUUGUGUAAAAACAGAGACCAAACAACUGUCAAAGCACAUCAUUUUUGUUAGUCUUGUUUCUUUCUUCUCAUGGUACCGAGAGAUUCAUGGCACGGGUUGCCUGAAGACUGUAUAGGGUGUGUUGCAUGAUGGACUCAUGUCAAGCAAGUAUCAUGAGAUUACUGAUUAAUAAUCAUUUGUACUCUUUUUAUUUUAUUUUAUUUUAUUUUUUUGUAGUUUUUUUAAAUGACAUGCAAUCUGUUUAUAUUUGUAAUGUUUUGUUUUUAUUAUUUUCUAUUUUGCUUUGUGCACUUUGUCACUAUGUCUCAAAAUAAAUAUUAACUAUCCCUUA